AUGCAUAAUAAUAAGGGAAGAAACAAGGGGAGACCCUCUACGAGACAAAUGGAUAGGAAAGACCAAAACAUGGACACUGAUAACCAAGAAAUUGCCACCGAGAUCCAAAAAAUGGACAUGAGGAACAUUUCGAAACAGAUUGAGCUUUUGGGUUCUUCUCAUAUGACAUGGAAGCAAAGGAAGGAGUUGGAGAAUAGGAAAGUGAUUUCUCUAGGUGGAAAGCCUCCAAAGAAGCAGAGACUUCCUCUAAGUAUAGCAAGAGUGGUAAUGAAGAAUCAAAAGGAAAGGGAGAAAAAACUGCUGGAACAGAAUAUGGUUCUUGGACGUUUUGGUGGCAAUUUCAGUGGUGGUUCUAAAAGAUCAAUGGAGAGGCAAAGGCCUGAGCACAGGGUUCUGAAAGCUAGUGAAGGUCGCUUUAGAAAUGGUGUACUUGAUGUGAAGCAUUUGUUACAUGCAACUCCAUCUAGAGACCGCAGCACUGGUGCCCAUGUGUUCAGAGAGAACAAGAAGGGAAAUGGAAAGCAGAACAAAGGUAAGAAGAAGAUCGGUAUGGGCCCUUGA